UAAAUAGUAAAUACUGCAUCAUCAUGCUUUGCUUGUUCGCACUACCCGCCAAAAGGAACAAUAGUCCAAAGCUUCUUGGGCUUAGGCGCUUAGCUUCAUUACCCAUCGAAUUAGAAAAAUCAAGGCUUGUUUAACCUUUCUUAAUCAGAGAGAAAAAAAUCAGGUCUUUUUGUGAACAUUGUUAGUUUGUGUUUCUGCUACACAUAUACAAGGCUCAAGGUUUUGCCUUCUCUCUUUCUUCCUCUUGAGUCUUCACUGGCUCGCUGUAUCCUCCUGUUUUCUUGAUUCAUGUACGGAGAACGAUUGAUGGGUAUCUGUUAUUCGUCCACCUUCACUCAAACUUUGGGCUCUGAGAAGAUAUUGUCACCUCUCUCAACAAUUUUUUUGGUGAAUCAUCUCUCUCUACAAUUUGGAUUGCUGUUCUUCCACCUCACCACAAGACUGUAGCUGUUAUUAUUCCCUCCAAGGUGCACAGGAGGAAUACACGCCUUAAACGUGUGCACAUGGGAUAGGCGCCACCGCUAUUCCGAGCACACAAGCACAGCAGCGAGACCGAGGCCAACAGAAACGACGAUGGAGUCACAACUGAGUUUGAUCGACCAGUCCUUCGAUGCCCGAUACUCAUGUUGGGCUCGGGAAGCUCUCGACGAACUACCAGAUAGUUUCACUAUUACUGAUCCUUGUAUAUCUGGCCACCCAAUCAUCUUCGCAAGCCGGGGAUUCUUGAAAAUGUCUGGGUACUUGAAAGAUGAGGUGAUCGGCAAGAACGGAAGGAUCUUUCAGGGACCGGGGACCAACCGGAGAUCGGUAAUGGAGAUUAGAGAAGCAAUUCGAGAGGAGAGGACAAUUCAGAUAAGUUUGCUAAACUAUCGAAAAGACGGGACGCCUUUCUGGAUGUUGUUUCAUAUGACUCCUGUUUUCAGUAAGGACGAUGGCAGGGUGAUUCAUUUCAUCGCGGUCCAGCUGCCCAUAUCAAGGAAGCCCAAGUGCUUUGGGAGGAAUUGCUGUACUUUGGGCGACGAUGGGUCCAAAUUGCGAGAGAUUGUAUUUGGGUCUUGUCGGAGGGAGGUGUGCACGGAUUCUGCAGCGGAACUAGGUCGGGUUCGGACAUUGGAUUCAUUCGUCGAUUCUGAUAAUAGAGGAUUGGAGGCUGAAGAGUUUUGUGAGGCAAGUGAGCUGGAGAAACGGAAAGCUGCAACAGCUAUCAAUAACAUCCUAUCUGUCCUUACUCACUAUAGUCAGCUAACUAGCAGAUUGGUCUGUGGGAAAAGAUGCACCUUGGCAGGGACAGGACCUCUUGGUUCAGCCUUAAAUAUUUCUCUUGGUAGAAUCAAACAGAGCUUUGUAUUAACUGAUCCCAACUUACCUGACAUGCCCAUUGUUUAUGCUAGUGAUGCCUUCUUGAAUUUGACAGGCUAUGCUAGACAUGAAGUGUUGGGACGCAAUUGUAGAUUUUUAAGUGGACCAGACACAGAUCCAAAGACUAUAUGCCAGAUAAAGGAAAGCAUUCAAUCUAAGCAAGCCUGUAGUGUACGUAUCUUAAAUUACAGGAGAGAUGGAAGCUCAUUCUGGAAUCUUCUUCACAUUUCACCUGUCCGGAAUGCUACUGGAAAGGUAGCAUUUUAUGUUGGGGUUCAGAUGGAAGRAGGUGGUAAGAACGAGGGAAGUAAAGGGUUGAGUCCAGAGAUGAGGCAGCUUGCUGCUGUGGGUGCAGUCAAGGUUGCAGUCAGGAGCUUAUCAAUGGGCGCUAGCACUUCAAAGUCAUAGGGAUAAUCCUUUCUUCAUCGGGUAAAGAGUAGAAUGAAAUUAUUUGGCGUCCCCAUGUUGUAGUACAAGGUGUUUCAUUUGUAUCUUAGACCCUGGUAGAUGAUAAAAAAUCAACAAAGUAAUGGACAGAAUGUCCCUACAAGUAGGUCCUUACUAGCUGCUGUAAACUCACAUAAUUCAUAUAUAUUGAAAAUGUUUCAAUAAUUGAAUUGGUUCUUUCUGUUUC